CUAAAGCUCUCAUUUUGCACUAUCAGACAUUAUCUAUCAUAUCACACUCCAAUUCUUCUUUCUUCCUAUCUGCAUUUUACUUGUUUUGCUGUUUCUUUUCUUCUUUCCGGGAAAAAGAUUUCUCUUCUGUAUAUACAUGGUGAUAGCAACUGCUUUGCUUCUUUUUUCAGCUGUCACGGCUUACCGACUGUGGUUCACAUUCAUCUCACGGCCAUUGAAAGGUCCACGUGUUUGGCCUCUAUUGGGGAGUCUCCCUGGCUUGAUUGAAAACUGCGAUCGUAUGCAUGACUGGAUCUGCGACAAUCUCCUCGCAUGUGGUGGCACGUACCAGACCUGCAUCUGUGCAAUUCCCUUCCUCGCUAGAAAGCAAGGUCUCGUGACUGUCACGUGCGAUCCAAAAAAUGUAGAGCAUAUAUUAAAGAAGCGGUUCGAUAAUUAUCCCAAGGGACCCACCUGGCAAGCUGUGUUCCAUGAUUUACUCGGUAAAGGGAUCUUUAAUUCUGACGGUGACACGUGGCUGUUCCAGAGAAAGACUGCUGCACUGGAAUUCACCACCAGGACUUUGCGCCAGGCUAUGGCUCGCUGGGUCAGCAGAGCUAUUAAGCUCAGGUUCUGCCCGAUUCUUGAAUCGGCUCAGCUUGAAGCUCAGCCGGUUGAUCUACAAGAUCUAUUGCUUCGCCUCACGUUUGAUAACAUUUGUGGUUUGGCUUUUGGGAAGGAUCCGCAAACCUGUGCGUCUGGACUUCCCGAAAACAGCUUUGCAUCGGCGUUUGACAGAGCCACUGAAGCUUCGCUUCAACGUUUUAUUUUGCCGGAAAUCUUGUGGAAGCUGAAGAAAUGGCUGAGGAUGGGCAUGGAAGUAAGCUUGAGCCGGAGCCUAGUCCACAUCGAUCAGUAUUUAUCUGACGUAAUAAAUGCACGUAAACUGGAGUUGCUGACUCAGCAAAAAGAUGGGAGCCCACACGAUGAUUUGCUCUCCAGGUUUAUGAAGAAAAAAGAAUCCUACUCAGACGAAUUUCUCCAACACGUGGCACUCAACUUUAUCCUAGCUGGACGUGACACAUCAUCAGCAGCUUUGAGCUGGUUCUUUUGGUUAAUCAUACAAAAUCCAAUUAUAGAAGAGAAAAUCUUACAAGAAUUAUGCGGCGUCUUGAUUGAUACACGUGGCGAUAACAUGUCAAAGUGGCUUGAAGAGCCGUUGGGGUUUGAAGAAGUUGACCGUUUGAUAUACUUAAAAGCAGCAUUAUCAGAAACCCUAAGGCUGUACCCUCCAGUACCGGAAGAUUCAAAGCACGUGAUCUCCGACGACGUAUUACCGGACGGAACAUUCGUGCCGGCUGGUUCGUCUGUUACGUAUUCGAUAUAUGCAACAGGGAGAAUGAGGUCGACGUGGGGAGAUGAUUGCCUAGAGUUUCGUCCAGAGAGAUGGUUGUCAUCUGAUGGGAAGAAAUUCAUGAUGCAUAAUUCCUAUAAAUUUGUCGCAUUCAAUGCAGGGCCGAGGAUAUGUCUGGGGAAGGAUUUGGCUUACUUGCAGAUGAAGUCGGUAGCAGCAGCGGUGUUGCUACGGCAUCGUUUAACGGUGGUGGCAGGACAUAAGGUAGAGCAGAAGAUGUCGUUGACGUUGUUUAUGAAAUAUGGGCUGAAGGUAAAUGUGCAUAAAAGAGAAUUAGAAGGGAUUGUGGGAAGGAUUAAGAAGAAGAAGGGGGAGGGAAAAUUAUUGCAGUUGCAUGAGAAUAAUAAAUGUAAUGGUAAUGGUGGGGUAAGGGUUGAUGAAAUGGUAGGUGAUGAUGUUUAAAGUGGGUUUUAAUGGGGAGCAUUGGCUAGCUACGUAGCUGUUCAAGUUUAUAAGGCCAUCUGCUUCAUCAAUAUUCUCACGAGAGGAAGAGAGCCAAUAUAAAUUUCUUUUUCUUGCGGGAAGAUGCUUCGUUAUUCUAUAAAAUUCUUUAUUUUCUUUGUUUAA